AUGAAGCCAGUCUGCCACGCUAUUUGUACAUUUCUCAUUCUUCUGUCUGGGCUCAGUCACUCUGUCCAUGGAGCGGAUUCGAGCACCUACUACUUCAAGCACUUUAGUACUGCGGGUACCAUCUCUCCAUGGUACAAGAAUGACAAUUCUUGGGGAGUGAACGCCCCAAAUGGUACAGGCUUCACUGUCAUGGUCACUGGUGAGGACUGGGGCACCUGGUCCCCAGUUCAUACUUUGCCCAAGAAGAUCAACGCUCUCGCCCCUGACCACAAGACCUGGUUCACCCAGAAUUCCUAUCCGGCACAGGGCGCAGGAUAUGAUGCUUGCUAUGACAUCUUUAUUGAUCCGAGCUACGCACCAACUGAUCGCAAUUCAAAGUACGAACUGAUGAUCUGGGUUGCAUAUCAAGCGCCUAAUCAUCCACUGUCCGACAAAUAUACCUCUGAUGGCUCAGUGCCAUGGGCACAGAAUGUGAAUGUCGGAGGAAAGGAAUGGGAUGUCUAUUUGUACCAUUGGCCUAAUGGUGAUCUGACUAUGACCUACGUGGACCCGACCAAUUCUGGUAGCUUCUCCGGCAGUUUGACUCCUUUCUUCCAGCAUGGUAUUGGCAAUGGAUGGUACAGUGGGGAUGACUACCUGACUAGUGUGAUGGCAGGUUGGGAGCAUAACCAUGGAAGUUAUGAAGCGACUUCAUGGGGAGCUGUUGGAUUCUGA